CAGAUCAGUUGCUUUUUAAAAGCCGUCAGCAGAAGUAACAAGAUGAAACUGAUUUUCGCCGUCGUGUGCACCGCCCUUGCGGUAAGCAGUGGUAAAGUCGAGGCACGAAGAUACGACAAAUGUGAGCUGGUAAGAGAGUUGUACAAUAGUGGCAUCCCGAAAUCGCAGCUGGCGGAUUGGGUCUGUCUCGUGCAGUGGGAAAGCAGCUUCGAUACGAAGGCGAUUAAUAAUCAAAACACAGACGGGUCCACCGACUAUGGACUGUUUCAGAUCAAUAACAGGUACUGGUGUGAUUCGCACUAUGGAGGAAACGAGUGCAACAUAUCGUGUAACAGCCUACUGAGUGACGACAUUUCGAUUGCCAUCGAAUGUGCCAAGCUGAUUUACCGCCGGAUGGGUUUCGAAGCUUGGUACGGUUGGAGGGACCAUUGCAAAGGCAGGCAAUUGCCCGACAUCAGUGACUGCCUGCUCAACGACAUCGGUGGGCAUUCUGGCGGAAGAUAUUCUGAAAUGGGUGCAUCUUGCUGGUCGUCUUAGGUUUUAAAUAGCAUACCACGAUGACCGGCCAUCACAUCGAGCACGGGGUAGUUUGUUUGACAAUACCCAACAAUACGCUGCGCAAACAAUAACAACCAGUGUGUUUAAUUAGA